GCGCCGCGGCGUCGGAGGCGGCGCUACAUCCGGUAGCCAUGGAGGAGGAGGAGGAGGCCUCCGGGUCUCGGCCCGAAGCCACGGAGGCUUCCUCCUCUCCGCCAACAGCGGCCGAGACGGAGGAGCUGCGCGGGUGGAGCGAGGCCCAGUUCCGGCACUACAGCUUCGCCACGCGGCCCAUCGCCCGCCUGAGCCACGGAGACCCCCGCGCGGAGGAACUGCUGGAGAACGAGGAGCCGGUGGUGCUCACUGACACCAAUCUGGUUUAUCCCGCCUUGAAGUGGGACCUGGAUUACCUUCAUGAGAAUAUUGGGAGUGGGGACUUCUCGGUGUACCGAGCCAGCACUCACAAAUUUCUCUACUACGAUGAAAAGAAGAUGGCAAACGUGAAAAACUUCAAACCGAAGUCCAGCAGAGAGGAAAUGAAGUUCAGGGAUUUCAUGGCACAACUCCAGGAAACCGAGCAGCAGGGAAGUGGAGAAAGGUUAUACCUCCAGCAGACCUUAAACGACACGGUUGGCCGGAAAAUUGUGGUAGAUUUCCUGGGCUUUAAUUGGAAUUGGAUUAACAGACAGCAGACGAAGCGAGGCUGGGGUCAGCUGACAUCCAACUUACUACUGAUUGGCAUGGAAGGAAAUGUGACACCAGCUCACUAUGACGAACAGCAGAAUUUCUUUGCUCAGAUUAAAGGAUACAAACGAUGUAUUCUGUUUUCGCCAGACCAGUUUGAAUGCCUCUAUCCUUAUCCUGUGCACCAUCCAUGUGACCGGCAAAGCCAGGUUGACUUCGACAAUCCUGACUAUGAGAAGUUUCCUAAUUUCCAGAACAUAGUUGGCUAUGAAACCGUAGUUGGCCCAGGCGAUGUGCUUUAUAUUCCCAUGUAUUGGUGGCAUCACAUUGAGUCACUGCUGAAUGGAGGAAUUACCAUCACUGUAAACUUUUGGUACAAGGGUGCUCCAACCCCUAAAAGGAUUGAAUACCCCCUAAAGGCUCAUCAGAAAGUGGCUGUAAUGAGGAACAUAGAGAAAAUGUUGGGGGAGGCGCUUGGAAAUCCACAAGAGGUGGGUCCCCUGUUGAAUAUGAUGAUCAAAGGACGGUAUGACUAAUCGUGGACUUGCAGGAUAUUGGAGCUGUUUCACCUAAAGGGGGAAGAUAUUAAGCGCUAAUAUUGCACACAGCACUUAAAAACAGAUGGAUUGCCUGGUCCAGCUCUGAUCCACUCCACCCAUCUAGGGGAAUAACUGGAACUCUGAAAUGUUCCAUUCGUCACCCCUUCAACUUCACCAAACCUUCUAAAAUAAUUCAUCCUUACUAAGGAAGAACCUGUCAUCAGUAACCCCAUGUUCUCUGUCUGCCUAGAUACAACCGUUGGCACCUGGUACUUGAUGAUAUUUAUUUGUGAUAGCACCUUUGUGAUCGCCUACAUAAGAUUUACCUAGAGGAACAAUUUUGAUUUUCUUCCUGUAUUUUCCGUGUUAGGAAUCAACAUGGAUAACUUCCAACUUUAAAUCAAUUCAUAUCUAUAAUUAGCAUGUUUUCUUAAAAGGGCAGCCUUCUCUUUGAUAUUGCAACUUCUUAAAACUAAAGCCCGUUGAGGAAUACAGAAAAAUGAAGGACAUAAAAGAUGGAGACUUUAAGAGCUUUUAAAUCCGUUGUGUCAUUUUGUCAUAAACAAUACAUUGAUUUCUAAUUCUAUAAAACUAGGCCAAAUGCCUAUGUAUAGAAAUUGACUUUUUUUCCACUCAGGAUGUUAAUAGAACGGGACAAGCCAUAGCGAGUGCCCUUAGUCGAUAAAACUUGUGUCAUAGUUUUCACUUAGCCAUGCAUGGUUAUACUUCCUCAUUGCACUCUGCCUUCUCUAGGCCAAAUUAAGUGCCAGAUCAGUUGGUGAAGAGAGGAGAGUAGCAAAGCAUUUUUUAAAUUUCCACUUUGAUCUUUCAUAUGUCUGGAAGGAAAUACGAGUAUGGGCUUUGUAAUUGUAUUUCAUUAAGCUAGGAAUGCAGAUUUGAGAGUUUAACUCCUAGAUUACCAAGGAAAAGUUUCUUCAUUUGCCACAAAGUCACUUUUCUAUGAAAGUUUUGGAGACCCACCUUCGGUCAUUGAAUUUUUGAAGAUCAUUGAUCCCCUCCCCACCCACAGCAAGAUAGAUUAUAUAGAUAGAUAUUGGAACAACUCCUCUACAUGACAACCAGAGUUUCUGGGAUCCUCUGCAUUCCUGUUUACUGUGAAGUCUAUACAGAGCUGAAGAAGUGUCUGAAGAAACCAGGAUUCUUGGCUUCUUUUGAGAAGGUGGAACCUGAAAAUGCCAUGCAGCUUUGUUACGUUGUUACAAGUAAAGCCUUUGAUACAGGGGUGAAAUCUACUUACCUUCCCUGCCGGUUCGGAAGUGUGCGCGCGGACCCUCUGUGCAUGCGCAAACCCUUCUGCACAUGCACAGUGGGUAAAAAACAGGUUACUUCCUGGUUAAAACCAGGAAGUGAUGACCGGGUGGGUGGGCGGAGCCUCACGCUGCUGUCUCUACCGGUUCUCCGAACUAGCCGCCAUCAUGGCUACCGGUUUGGCCGAACUGGUCCGAACCGGUAGCAUUUCACCCCUGCUUUGAUAUAGUUUCGAACCACAAGGAGGCAAUAGAAGACCAGCGCUCCUGAUGUUAUCACAUAUAGACCAGGAAGAAGGUGGCUUUCGGAGGGCAACGUUGGACUUAACAUCGAUAAAAUCAUCCUGCCUUUGGCUGAAACAAAGUAAUUCCUGCGUUUAGUUCUUGAUAUGAAUAGGCACUCCAGACUGGAACUGUGGAAUAUUGUGGCAUAUAGAGAACUUCAUGUGGAAAAGCCCAGGCGUCUUCAUUAGAAAGAAGAAGAUUGAAUUGAAAUGCAGCCUUCCAUUAUGUUUUUUUCUUUUUUUUGCCAAAGGUGUAAAUUUGAAAAUGUCUAAAAUAGUUGGUUUGGGAAAAAAGAAAUACAUUGCACUUUAAUAGUGCAAAAGCUUAGUUUACAAUGCACUGAGAAAAGACAGUUUUAGGUACUGUUACUUUUGUUUUUUAAAUCUUGUGUUUUGAUGCCUGCUCUUGGAAAAAAAAAAUGUGUCUAUGAUGUGUGAGAAUAUGUGGGAAAUACAUAAUAUCUUCUGAAAUGUAGUUCUUAAAAUACAGCUACUGUUGAAUGACACAAA